AGCAGCUGGGGGGAGGGGGGAUCUCGCAGCGACUCUGGUAGCUCCGGAGGGAGAGACGUGAACUCGUCUCUUUCUGUCACUGCAGGCGCAGAGCCCGGGGGCGCCGGCCCCUCCUCGCCGCCAGGCAGACUGGGCGGCUGCUCCGCGUCAGGCACCGCUCACUCUGCCCUGAUAUGCCGCCUGUGGGGGGAGCAGCAAGCUGCACCCUGCCCCUGGGGGCGCGAGCCCAGGCGCGGAGAGCGCCUGCGCGGGGCGGGUUCUCGGAAGCCUCCCUCCCUCGGCCGGCCCAGGCCGCCAUUUUGGCGCUGGCUCUGGGGACAGGAGCCCGUAGGAUAAAGCGCGAGCCGAGCGUUUUUCGCUUCCUCACUGCGGAGCUGGCACAGCAGCCGCCCCUUGCCGGCGCCCUGGGCCUGGCUGCGUCCGCCGCCGCUCUGCGCGCCCCCGGGCCCCGCUGCCGGCCGGAGAGCGAGGCGGGAAGGAUGUCCCGCACGCCCCGCCGCUGAGAGAGAAGCAGGGGCCCGACCGCCGCUCCCGCCCCACCCCGGCCGCUCUCUGGGCCUCCGCCUCCCUGGUCACAGGGAUUCCUGCCCCGGCCGUGCCCGUAGUUCUCCCGCCCGGGCUUCCCGUCGCUUGGUUUUCCCCGGCCAGGCCUUUCUCUCUCCGGCCGGGCCUUCGGGCUCCCCCGCCCGUUGCCAUGUCCUCGGCCGCUCGCUUCGACUCGUCGGACCGCUCCAGCUGGUACGUGGGCCCGCUGUCGCGGGCGGAGGCGCAGACGCGGCUGCAGGGGCAGCGGCACGGCAUGUUCCUGGUGCGGGACUCGUCCACCUGCCCGGGGGACUACGUGCUGUCGGUGUCCGAGAACUCGCGGGUCUCCCACUACAUCAUCAACUCGCUGCCCAGCCGCCGCUUCAAGAUCGGCGACCAGGAGUUCGAGCACUUGUCGGCGCUGCUGGAGUUCUACAAGAUCCACUACCUGGACACCACCACCCUCAUCGAGCCCGCGCCCAGGUAUCCAAGUCCACCAAUGGGAUCUGGAUCAGCCCCUACAAUUCCCACUGCAGAAGAAAAUUUGGAAUAUGUUCGGACUCUCUAUGACUUUCUUGGGAAUGAUGCUGAAGAUCUGCCAUUUAAAAAGGGUGAGAUACUGGUAAUUGUAGAGAAGCCUGAAGACCAGUGGUGGAGUGCCAGAAACAAAGAUGGUCGUGUUGGGAUGAUCCCUGUUCCUUAUGUAGAGAAGCUGGUCAGGUCGUCCCCUCAUGGGAAACAUGGGAACAGGAAUUCCAACAGCUAUGGUAUUCCAGAACCUGCCCAUGCUUAUGCUCAACCUCAGACCACAAGUCCCCUUCCCUCUGUAUCCAGUACACCUGGAGCAGUGAUCAACCCUCUGCCAUCAACACAGAAUGGACCGGUCUAUGCCAAAGCUAUUCAAAAAAGAGUACCAUGUGCUUAUGACAAGACUGCCUUGGCAUUAGAGGUUGGAGACAUUGUGAAGGUUACAAGGAUGAAUAUAAAUGGUCAGUGGGAAGGUGAAGUCAAUGGCAGAAAAGGGCUCUUCCCUUUCACGCACGUCAAAAUAAUUGACCCUCAAAACCCAGAUGAAAAUGAGUGAUUCCUGUUGCUCAGCUUACACUGCUGCUUCAUUGUUCUGGCUACGAGAAGCAUCAUUUGAGGUGGGGAGACGACUGUUAACGGCACGUUGCUAGCACUGUCCAUUUGUCUAGCUUGCUGCAGUUUGAUGGUUCUUUUUAUACACAUUUGGAAUGCACACAAUUGAAGUCAUGUGCUGACCAUACCAUAGUUGCAUCAUCCAAACUGUAGUAUCACUUCUAGAACUAUUUUGGCCCUUAAGCUGGAGAAGACUGAAAUCAUACAGGCAGAUAGUAAAUAGGAUCAAGAAAAUAAUCUUUCCUGUUUGAGGCUUUCAGGAACAGCAUGUUCUGGUUUAUUCAUUAGGAGGAGAGUUCUAAUCCUCAGAUCAAAUAUGAAAAUUUUGCAUCACUGUCCCAACAGAGAAACAACAAAACUGCAGUUUUGUGGCUGAGGAAGGGAAGAGCUGAAUUUGAGAGAAAAUCUGCCCUAAGAUAAUAUAGUCAAAACAAGUCUCUUUAUAGACAAUAAUUGGAUCUCUUGUGCAUUUUGAGCAGCUAUUUUAACAAGGCUGUUUUUGUGAUACAACUCUAAGCUUGCUGUUGACUUAGAAAUAAAGUUUGUGUGAUGAAAGUAAAUACCCAUUGAAGUGAAGAUCUUUAUAAGAAAACUUAAGUUGACAUUGUAAAUGGUAGCCCAUUUUGUCAUAUACAUAAAACCAAUUCUGCAGAUUAUUGAAUGCAAAUAUAAAAGUUGCUGGAUGAUUUGUAAGCACUAGAACUGUAGAAACAACCUUUAAAAGGGAAACACUUAAGCCUGGUCUACACACAGACUUUUGUACUGGUAUAGCUCUUAGGGAGGAGUAUAGGGUUUUUUAAACAGUUUUUACUAGUACAACCUGGUUUCAGGGAUGGGAUAAUGAGAUAAAGGUGCCUUAUACUGACAUAACUUAUCAGUAUAAUUGCAUCCACAUCAGGGGGUUGUACCACUUUAAACUUUUAUAGGUAAACAGAGCAACUUGUGUAGAUUAGCCCAACUCCAUGACCUCUUCUGCCUGCCUCUUUUUAAAUGAAUUUAAAAGAUUAAUUGAAAUAUUUUAAUAAAUAAAAUACAUGUGAAAAUUAUGCUCUUUUUUUAAUCCCAGGGGGGCUCUGUUUAUAUCUUCCCUACAGAAGCUGACAACUCUAAAUAGCAGGAGGAUGUACUUUUAUCCACUUUAGGUAUUAAAGAUGCCUUCAAGCUUAGCAAAAGAUGCAGAAAUCCAAACUUUGCUUUCAGCAUUUAGAGGAACUUACGUGAAACAUUAACACUUAAGUAUUUUUUUUUUCCAUCUUAUGUCUGAACAUGUAUUCUUUUAAAGAUGUUGGGCAGUUGAGCCCUAAGCACAUGUUGCUCUGAACUCUGUAUUGAAGUGCCUUGAAAUUCUUGGAGAGAAGGCACUGAAACAUGCAAAAAAAAAAAAAAAAAAAA